UUGAUCGAUGUCUGCUUUCCUUCUUCUGUUUUAGCUUCCUUGGGCUUGCACAGUCAACGGUCUCAAGAAACUUCGCAGCAAGCGCGCAUGGAGACAUACGCAUCUUCGACCUCAGAUUGGAUCGCCAGAACAAGACCCUCCACUGCUUCAGAUUGAAUGGUCCGAAUUUCUUCCCCAAGAAGUUUCGCAAGAAGGCGAAGCAGCGAUGCCCACUGAAGUUCUCGUCCAGUUCGUCAUCCUCGUCCUGUCCCUCGCCAUGCUGUUGUUCGCCGUCCGGCGACUCUCCGCCCGACCCUCCACCACGCUCCGGACCAAGACCCGAUCCGCCGCCGCCGCCGCCCAGUCGAACCGCCACUUCCUCCGGGCGUCCAGCCUCCUCGUCCGGGCCCGGUCCUCGCCGACCCACCACAGCCACCGCGCCCAGGCCCCGACCCUCGCCAGGGCCGCCCUCGCCGAGGCCGAGGCCGCGAUCUCGCAGUCCCCGAAGGACGCGGCCCCGCACGUGCUCAAGGCCCUGGCCCUGGACUCGCUCGGCCGCCGGAGCUCGGCGCUGAGGUCGCUGGACCUGGCGCUGUCGGCGCCGCGGGCGAGGUCGCUGUCGGGGAGGGAGCGGGCGGAGGCGCUGGCGAGGAGGGCGGAGCUGAAGCUGGGGAUGGGGGUGGGGGCGGCGGCGGCGGCGGGGAGGGGGAGGAGGAGGAGGAGGAGGGCGGAGUCGGCGGCGGAGGACGCGAGGGAGGCGGUGAGGGCGGCGCCGGGGGAGGCGCCGGCGUGGCGGGUGCUGGGGGAGUGCUGCGAGCGGAAGGGGCUGAGGGAGGAGGCGAGGAGGGCGUUCGAGGAGGCGCUGAGGAUCGAGCCCGGGUGCGAUCCGGCCCGUCACGGGUUGGACCGGUUAGGCUCUUCUUGAUUUAUUUUUUAUUUUUAUUUUUUCGUUUUUUCUUGUCUUUCUUUCUUUUCUUGUAAUCUGAAUGGCAAAGUUCAAGAGUUUUUAGUGGCCGAAAAGCUUUUGUAAUCGGCCAAUUUGAGAGCCCGAAGAAGAAGAUUUGCCAACUGGGUAAAUAUUAACGGCAAAAUUUGCUUGUUUUUUCA